AUGUCGUCGAAUCUCCCCAAAUCCGCCGUCGUCGUUCCGCUGUACAUCUACCCCCUGUCCGCCGAGUCCUGGGCUCCUCUCUACGCAGCGUACCCCAUCCAACCCAACCCAACCCAACAGUCCCAUUCCAAACCCACCCCCACUAACCAGCCCAUCGCCAGAAUCGAAACAAACCCCUCCCUCACCUUCCUGGUCAUCGUAAACCCCAACAGCGGCCCAGGAGCCCCAGACGCGCCCUCCCCCGACGCUUCCUACGCCUCGCAACUCCCCCGCCUCAACGCCUACCGCAAUGUCCUUGCCAUCGGCUACAUCCGCAUCGACUACUGCGCGAAACCGCUCCCCGAGGCUCUGGCCGAGAUAUCGCGGUACGCCAGCUGGUCCGAGCACUACGACACCACCGGCCUAGCGGUCCGCGGGAUCUUCGUCGACGAGACGCCGAACCAUUUUAGUCCCGAGCGACAGGACUAUCUUGAUGCGGUGGGCCGGUUUGUGAAGGCGUGCGAGGGGAUAUUGGGGGAGCGAUUCAUAGCCCACAACCCAGGAACACCGCCCGACCCCCGCCUGUCCACAUCCUCCGACCUGGUCUUCGUCUGCGAGGAGUCGUUUUCGCGCUUCCGAUCGCCCGAGGUGCAGGACUGGCUCGCGGCGCAUCCGUUUGAGCGCGGCCGCGCCGGGUACAUGCUUAGCGGGGUGCCGGGCGCUGAGGUUGCAGCGGUCGUGGGCGAGUUGCGGAAGCGCGCGGCUUGGAUCUUUGUCACGGAUGUGGAGGUGGAUUUUUAUGAGCGGUUUGGGGGCGCUUGGGGGGGCUUUUUGGCGGCGUUGCGUGAUUAG